AUGCCUACAGCCGUAACUUCCCCUCGGAAUCCUUUACACCCCUCGCUGUUACCUCGUCUCGAUAAGCAGUAUGAGGCAUUCUACAACAAGUACAUGGCGAACGCCCCUAUGAUCCAAGAACUUCCUUGGGAUCCAGCAGUCCGAUCGAGUCCCGCUGUACCGGGUGGUGCUCCUGCUUUGCCUGUAUCAAAGACAGAAGAUAUCGAGCUAGACGGAUUCUCCAUUCGUGUCUUCUAUCCUACCGACUUACCCACAUCGGGCGACGCACCAAUUUUUAUCUGGUACCAUGGUGGAGGGAUGGUCCUCGGUGGUAUCAACGCUGAGAACCCAUUCUGUACGAGGGUAGCCAACAGCGCAAAAUGUGUGGUCGUCACUGUAGAUUAUAGGAUGGCACCGGAGUAUAAAUUUCCAGUAGGCCAUGAAGACGCUUGGACAGCAUUCGAAUGGGUCUACAAGAAUGGUAAGGAGAGACUUGGAGUGGAUGUCAGUCGAUUCGGUAUAGGUGGUUCUAGCUCGGGUGGGAAUCUUGCGGCGUUCGUCUCACAAAGAGCUGGUGUUCAAGGUAUUCCUAUCCAGUUUAUGGUACUAGGUGUACCUGUUUGCGAUAACACUGCUAACGCCGAAACAUACAAAUCGUGGAAUGUCAAUAGACAUUGUCCUGGAUUACCAGAUGCCAAGAUGUUAUGGUACCGUGACCAAUACAUCCCCAAUGCGGAAGAUCUAUCCAACCCUAUCGCCUCUCCCCUAUUCGGAUCAGACGAAGCCUUCAAAUCCAGCGUCAACAAAGUAUUCAUCGCCCUAGCCGAAUUAGACCUCUUGCGAAGUGAGGGAGAAGCUUAUGCCGAAAAAUUGAAAUCUUUCGGUAAAGAGGUAGAUUGCAGGACAUACCCUGGUGUACCCCAUGCUGUCCAGGCGAUGGAUGGGGUAUUGGACAUGGCGAGAAAGUGGAUCAAAGAUAUGUGUACUUAUGUGGCGGUUCAGUUUGGUAGACAUCCUGCUGAUGUUGCUAUGGAGGAUCUGUAUCCCGACAAUGUAGAAGUCGACGUACCCCAAAUUGAAGGUGGUGGACCAUGGCUUCGACUUAAAACACCUAUGGUCCUAGGAGAAGCUCCCAUCUACCGAGCGGAAGAUUCGACUUUACACUAUGUUGAUUGUCUGAAAGAACCUGCCGAAUUGCAUAUACUCAAGCUUGACCCGACUACAGGGGAAGCUGCAGAGUGCCAACCUCGUAUAAUCCAAUUGGAAGAAUCAGUCACAGUGCAAUUCUUCCGAGAGAACAAACCUGGAUAUAUUUGCGCUUAUUUCGCUGGAGUAGCCUUUUUAGAUGAGGAGACUGGAAAAUUGGAGAUACUUAAAGAGAUUAUACCUCAAGAUGAAAGGAGUAUAAGAAGGUUUAAUGAUGGUGGUGUGGAUGUGAUGGGUAGAUUCUGGUUAGCUGAGAUUGAUCGUAAAGCCUUGAGUCUAGGUAUGGGUAGAUUACCUCAAGAUUACGGUGAACCACUCGGUAGAUUGUGGAGAUACGACCCAGAUGGAUCAUUGCACUUGAUGGAGAAAGGAUUGGUAUGUGGCAAUGGAUUAGCUUGGAGUCCUGAUAAUAAGACUAUGUACCUGAACGAUUCUGCUGCAGGAUUGGUAUUCGCCUACGAUUUCGAUAUUCCCACUGGGUUACUAUCCAACAAACGACUAUUUAUUGAUCGAAGGGACCUCGGAGGUGAACCGGACGGUAUGGUCGUAUCUGUUGAAGGGGAUUUGUACAUCGCCAUGUGGGCCAGCUCGAGGGUUAUGGUUUAUUCACCAGAAGGUAAACAUCUGAAAGACAUCAAAUUCACAGCUAGGAAUAUGGCUUGUACCUCCUGGGGUGGACCUCAUUACGAUACACUCUAUAUCGCUUCUGCAACGGACAAGAGACCGAAUAAGAAUCCAGAGGAUGAUGGAGGUCAUUUGUUCAAAUAUCAUGUGGGCGUUCAAGGUUUACUUAAAUAUAAGUUUAAGGGUUAA